CGCCGCCUCGGCUUCCUUCGAGCGGGGCCCAGGCCCAGCCGCCGCCACCGCCGUCGCCUCCGAGCUCCGCCGCCGCCGAGCACCAUGGGAGACGCCGGGAGCGAGCGUAGCAAAGCGCCCAGCCUGCCGCCUCGCUGUCCCUGCGGCUUCUGGGGGUCCAGCAAGACUAUGAAUCUCUGUUCCAAAUGCUUUGCUGAUUUUCAAAAGAAACAACCAGAUGAUGAUUCCGCUCCAAGUACAAGUAACAGCCAAUCAGAUUUGUUUUCUGAAGAGACCACCAGUGACAACAACAAUACCUCCAUAACCACGCCAGCUCUUAGUCCCAGCCAGCAGUCGCUUCCGACAGACCUGAAUGUAACUUCACCGAGUACAGAGGAAUGUGGGCCAUGCACAGACACAGCUCAUGUCUCGCUAAUCACACCAACCAAAAGAUCCUGUGGUGCAGAUUCACAGUCUGAGAACGAGGCUUCACCUGUGAAACGGCCACGGCUACUAGAGGACACCGAGCGGCCAGAGGAGAGCAGCCGGUCGAAGCAGAAGAGUCGGCGUCGGUGCUUCCAGUGCCAGACUAAGCUGGAGCUGGUGCAGCAGGAACUGGGAUCCUGUCGCUGUGGCUACGUGUUCUGUAUGUUACAUCGCCUCCCUGAGCAACACGACUGUACAUUCGACCACAUGGGCCGCGGCCGCGAGGAAGCCAUCAUGAAAAUGGUGAAACUGGACCGGAAAGUGGGGCGCUCCUGCCAGCGCAUUGGGGAGGGGUGCUCCUGAAGGCCAGGCACGGCCACCACACGACGCUGUUCUUAGUUCACUAAUGUUAGCCUUAUUUAGGACAAAGUCAGCCAGACACCUUGUACUGGGCACGCGUCAGACUACAGCCGGCCGUUUCCUUUCUUUAGCCAGCCAUCCUGGUACUGUAGUUUAGGGGUUGAUGGUGGAUGAAAUUGAUUUCUGGCUGGUUACUAAGGUGCCUGCUAGCCAUUGUAUAAAAUUAAAACAUGAAGAAUAUUUUUUUUGAGCAUGGCUAGUGGAUUUAAAACAACACAUACCUGUCACUGCUGGAGUCAAACUUAUAAAAAGCCUUAAGCGGAAAGUGUCCAGACCAGAAUGAGUCUGUAGAGGCGGCACAGGCCUCAGCCCGUGCGGGCGGCUUUGACAGAGACUCUCACAUGUUCGGCCUGUCACCUCUUCACUUUUGCUUGGUCCCAGCAGGACCUGAUGGCCACGCGUGCCUUGGCCAUGGGAAGCUGCUGAGACUGGCCAUGUGGCUGGGCUAGCCGGUGGCCUCACUCUCCCUUAGUGCUGGAAGUCGGGGGGGGGGGGACAGAUUGUAACGAGGAAGCAUUAUACCUGUUACGGGGAAACUCAUCACACAAGGAGAGAGACAACUUCACUCUGAAAAUUAGAUCCACUCAAGAUUAGUCCACGCAUGAGCCCCACCUUUUCUGCACAGGAUCCGUGGUUGUGACCCACUGGCUCUGGCUGCAGCCUGCGAAGGGCAGCCCUGCGGCUGAGGCCUGCACCCAGGCCUUGACACCCAGAUUUCUGUAUUUGGAGUUUAAAAAAGAUGUUUUAUGGCCAGAAGAAUCAGUGGGUGUGCUGGGGAAGCUUCUGCCUCCGCCCUUCCUGGCAGGAGCCUCCAUUUGCUUCUAUGCAGCCAUAGUCUGAGGACAACCAGGCCACCCACCUCAGGGUAGGCUCAGGGAGGGAAUGGUGAGUGGUGGGAGGCAGCGCUCAGCCUGGGCCUGGGUGGAGGAGGUAUGUGGGGCUGGUGAGACACCGUUAGGAGUCAGGUGGGCAGGCGAAGUGGACUCUAGGAUUCCCUUGAAAGCCUGGAUCAGGUAUAAGUGCCACGCACGUGCCAUCUGUCUCGGCCUAUGGCUUGGCAUGGGGCUGUCCACGCCUGGCUGCGGAUGAAUGGUUUAGCCCAACAACUUUCCUUUGUGCAGUUAAGCAAGGUCUGCUCUCCAGAUGAGCAGUGGAUCUGCAAGUACAGUGUCUUGAUCCAAAACACUGACUAAGAAUCAUGUUCUUCCCUCCCUGCACCCACCCUGCCAG